CGUGUUGUCCCGUGUCCAGUAAUUUUAUUUUACUGUCCCGGAAUGAAAAAAUACUAGUUUUUUUCACAAAGUUACGAUACUACAGCUGCAAAAGUCAAACCAAACAGCGUGCUCGCACUGCGUUAGGUGAGCGAGGAGAGGGGUGAGCGGCUCGCUUCGUGUCGCUCCCCUCGCCUACUUAGUUUAGUCUCGGACCAAAGAUCAAAACUCUGAUUCCGUUCGUGGCCCCAGAAAUGUCCAGGAAAUGAUCAGCCUGGAUCUGGCAACCCUAGGGAUAUUACUGCUGGUUGUUGUAAGAAAGGGACAGACUUCACUGUUCUCGUUGUCUUACUCGGAACGUUUUUGCCCUUUAGGAUGUAAGAAAGUAAUGUAAACCUUAUCACUAUUGAAUUAAAGUAUAUUUUACAAUGUGUAAUAUUAUUUUUUAAGCAUUCCAGGUAGUAUACAAGUUGUUCCUUGGGUAAAAGUCAAAUGAAUGCUCAGACGCCAUUUUGGACGCAAGCGAUACGAAGUGUUUUGUUUAUAAGAUAUUAUAAGUGAUAAAAACCAUGAGCAUAUAUCCAGAAUAUGAUGGUGGUGAGGAGCCACCGAAUUUUAUAGAGGCACUGUAUGAGGACGACGAUUCGGAGAGCGAGGGACAGCCGUUCGCCGACUAUGAUACCGAGCCCGAGAGCGACGAGUCUGACGAGUCGUGGCCCUCAUCGUCCCCAGUACGAGCACCUCGCCAGGACCCGGCGUACGGGAGGAGUCCCCGGAGCCGGUCACGUUCGCCAUUGGGUCGUCGCAGUCCACUUCAAGAUUCGUCGGGUGACAUAGUUAUAAUCGAGCUUGAAGACGACUACGAGAUGUUGCUCGACGAAUUGGAAGUGGACCCAAAUGCCCAUGCCGGUAUCGCCCAUUCUGCGGGCAUGUCGCCUGUGCGGAUGCGUGGGAGUGCUCGCGGGCGAGGACGUGGCCGGGGACCCGGCCGUAGACGCGGACGUAGUGGAAGGCUGGGGGUGGGAAGUCGUUGUCGGGUUGAUAACCAAGGCUUGCAGUGGGACGUUGGUUGCCCACUGCAAGAAAUUUGGCUAUCCGAUGACGACGUCCCACCCGAAUUACGGCAAAUGGCACGGGACGUCAUAAGACGAAGUAUGAAUGUUAGGGUAAAUGAAGAUGAGCCUGGGGAAGUGGCUGAUGGAACGGAUAUUCCACUGCAGGGUGAAGACCUUCACUUCGAGUGGUCUCCUAUGGAGACUUUUCGAGGUGAAGAGGAGGUAUUUCGGCCUGCACGUACCGGGGCUGUCGAGUCGUAUGCAACUGCAUACGACGCGUUUCGUUCCUAUUGGGACGACCGCAUCUUGCAGGUUAUAGCCGACGAGACGAACCGGUAUGCGAAUGAAAUUAACUCUGCUUCAUUUCAUGCCUCUUGGUACCCAACGAACGUCGACGAGGUGCUAUGCCUGUUUUCGUUUUGGAUGAUGCUGGGUAUAAUACGCAUGCCAACGAUAAGAAGCUGUUUUUCGACCAAUAAACUUCUUGCGACCAGUGCAUUUAGACGUAUUAUGACCCAGCGUCGUAACGAACAACUGUCACGGGCAUUGCAUUUCGUCGACGGUGACCCUGUCGUCCAAGCAGUGGACCCUACCAUUAGCGACCCCACUGCAAGCUUUGAUCGAAUACAUCGUUUGAGGCCUAUAGUAGAUCAUCUAAACGCUAAGUUUCAGGCAAAUUAUGUGCCAAGUAAAGACAUUUGCAUAGACGAAAGUCUAACCCUUUGGACGGGAAGGCUAAAUAUCAAACAAUAUAUUCGGUCGAAGGCUGCAAAGUUUGGGAUCAAAACGUAUGAAUUAUGUGAGAGUGCCACAGGCUAUCUGUGGUCCUUCAUAAUUUAUACGGGUAAGCACACUAGUGCAGACAUUCAUCAAGUUCCAGGGAGCUUGGCGAGUACUGCAAUAGUCAAAAAGCUUAUUGAUCCCUUACUAAAUAAGGGUCAUCGACUAUUUAUGGACAACUGGUUCAAUUCCCCAUUAUUGGCACGCUUUUUGAAGCGUAACGGUACCGACUGUGUUGGUACCUUACGUCCCAAUGGAAAAGACGUGCCAUACUUGGUAGCCGAAGCUCCGCUCAUGAGGGGACAGCUUCUAGCAAGGCAUUCUGGGGACGUAUGUGUGAUGGCAUGGCAGGAUAAAAGAAGGGUAACCACCAUUUCCACCUGCCAUGGUACGGCCACUGGCUUAUCCAACAUACAUACGAACCCAGUGCGGCGCAUUCCAUUCAAGCCUCAAGUGAUCUUAGACUACAACAAGUCUAUGGGUGGGGUGGACUUAAAGGACCAAAUGUUAGAGCCGUACCUGAUUGAGCGGAAAAGGUGUGUCAAGUGGUACAUGAAGAUGUUCAAGCGGUUGCUGAAUGUCUCCAUUCUCAACGCGCGCAUCCUAUUGGAAUCUUCUCAAAAUUCCCGCGUUGACCAUUUGUCUUUCCGCCUCCAAUUAGUGGACGCCAUUCUUUCCCGACAUUUAUCCCAAGUUCCUGUGCCUCGUUUGCCCCCUGUGGAACGCGCAGCCAAAUUGCCUCGGGUGGUGGUUGAACACAAUCACUGGCCGGUUUAUAUCCCAAACCUGCCAGACCGACAAAAUAAUCGCCAAACCCGAGCCAGAUGCUUUGUGUGUUCUUCGCGUGGCAUUCGGGGACGGUCGACCCCAUUCAUGUGCGAGUCUUGCCAUGUGCCGCUUUGUGCGGCAAAUUGUUUCAAGGUUUACCAUGCUUCAUAGUCUUGUCUUUUUGCGCCUUUGGGCCUUUUUUUCCUCUUACCUUUUCUUUCUGCGCUGCAGAGAGGAUGUGGGGGUUGAACCGGUUAUCAUAAAUAGUCGGUAACACAGGUUCUAUGUAUGAAAGAAGAGUGUGUAUGUGUGUGUGUGUUGCGUGUAAAUGUAAUUGAUAAUCGGCAUCUAUUGUUUUUGCUUGUAUCAGAAAUGUGGGAUUUUGAUAUACAUGGUGAUUUGUAUUUCGAAAAACCUGUUAAUGGUUUCCUUGCAGACCUUUUCGCAAAGUGGAGGAAAAAUGGCAGCAAUCAUGAAGUGACAAUAGUUUUAUUUUCAAGAACAUUUUAUAAGGCUAAGUCAUAAACAACAAUCACUCUAUAUACCAAGUUGACGGUAAUGUAAUGAGCCGCAAGCGCAUGAUCAUCGCAUCGGGUGCACUAAGCGUGCUGGGAGUGACGGUAUUCCUUCCACAACUAAUA